CUUCUCGGCGCCCUCCCCUCCCCGGUUCGGCCGCCGCUCCCCGAGCCCCGUCCCGCGGCGCCGGCGGCCCUGUGCGCGCCUGGGGGCGACGGCCGCGCUGCAGGCGGGGCGGCUGCGGCCCUCCGCCUCCUCCGAGCGGGGCCGAGCCGGGCCGGCAGGGGCACGGCCGAGCGGGGCACGGCCGAGCGGGGCAGAGCUGAGCUGCGGCGUCAUGCUGGGCAUGGUGAAGAACUCGCUGCUGAGCACGGUGGAGGCAUGGCCCUGCCGCCUGCUGAGCAAGGGCGAGAAGGAUCAGGUCAGCUACGAGGAGAGGGCGUGCGAGGGCGGGAGGUUCGCGGCGGUGGAGCUGGUGGGGAAGCCGUUCGAUGAAGCCUCGAAGGAAGGGGCAGUCAAGCUCCUCAAGUACGUCGGAGGAAGCAACGACAAGGGGGUUGGAAUGGGCAUGACUGCUCCUGUCUCCAUCACUGCUUUUCCUGCUGAAGAUGGCUCCUUUCAGCAGAAGGUGAAAGUCUCUCUGCGGAUCCCAAGCCAGUUUCAAGAGAACCCUCCUUGUCCUACCGAUGAAAGCAUUAAGAUUGAAGAAAGACAGGGGAUGACCAUUUAUUCCACGCAGUUUGGCGGCUAUGCCAAAGAGGCAGAUUAUGUGAACUAUGCUGCCAAGCUGAAGGCUGCUCUGGGAAGUGAUGCUGCCUACCGCAAGGAUUUCUACCUGUGCAAUGGUUAUGACCCCCCUAUGAAGCCUUACGGACGCCGCAAUGAGGUCUGGUUUGUGAAGGAGUGAACGUCUGGCUCCCCGUGGUGCUGCCUCACACUGAUAACUUCCCCACACUAUGUCCCUGUCCUCUUGAAAAUAAACUAAUAAUUCAGCAGAUGCAAAAAACUAUCACUGCCUUUUCCCAUGCCUAUGCCUUAGUCUUUUAUGGACCAUAAAAGUAAUUUUAGAGGAACACUUGCUGACCCUCCUGAUGGUCUUGCUCCUUCAUUCAAGACCAGGUCCUCAGCCACACAGAUUCUCUUGCUGUCUCCGUGGCUUGUUUUUAUCUCCUUUAUGCUUCCAGAGUUCACUGCUGAGAAAGCCAAAUGUACCUAAUUGGCUGGUGCCUGACAGGAGUCACAUUCAAGUGUAGGCAGACCAUUAAUCUCACCUGAGACGGGCAGGGAAACAUGACAAAAGUGCAUACAGAGACUUUUUUAUCUCCUUCAGUUUGUUGCAGCUGUAAAAUGCUGCUUUUUUCUUUGCCAUUCCACAAACAAUCUAAAGGGACACAGGCAUUGCUGCCAGCACAGCACAGUGAAAAUAAACAUCCUUUACAUUAAUUCAGAGUGUGCAGAAGAUCAAUGCUUCUGUAAUCUGCCUGAGAAAUGUCAUUCAGAGAAAGAUCCAGAUUUCUGUUUCUUCAGUAUGAGGAGAAAUGUUUUAGCAUGUGCUGUGUCUUCAUCUCAGCUAGCAGCUGGGCAAUGUGUCCUAGAGACCUCAAGAUUGUUUCCUCACCUUCCUAUUACUUUUGUGUAACAUUUCUUUAAAACUAGCCUAUGCAAGGGCCAAAGCAGAAAUGUGUGUGGUUAUCUAAUUGAAUUAGAGAAAAGCAAGGCUGGCAAGAAAGCAGAUGAUUAUUACUUGUGAUCUGAGAGUGCAUUUGAAGAAUGGUAAACAUAUGGUGAAACUACUAUGGAUACCAAUCUAAAAAACUUUCCUUAAAAGGUGUCAGUUUUUGAAGGGUUACUCAGACCAGCUGUUUUCUUUAGAUGAGGAAAAGGAAAAACAUGGCCGUUCUGGAAAACAUGGACUUGGGUCAAAUAAUGAGUAGCCUCUUGGAAACUUGAAAUACAAUAGCAAGUGUGGGUCAUAUUUCAGGAAGAGUGGCAAUGCUGAAAUGUCAAGCAUCAAGCAGAAUGCCCACAGUGGGAACACUCACACUGCUACUGGCUGUGUAUAAUUCAUUACCUGCACUAAAAGAGGUGUGCUUCUCUGGUUGUUAAGUGUCCCAUAGUUCAGGUGCUUUCCAAAAGCCGUUUUUCCCCUGGAGCUGAAAGAGACAUUUGUCAUCUUGGCUUCUGGCUAGUCAAGCUGUUGCAUGUGCACCUGCUUUCUGAGAACAAAUCUCAGCAGUAAAAGGAGAAAACCUGAGGUUUUGAUGUGCUUUCCUUUUCUCUCUUGCUGAGCCAUAUAAGAGCAUUGCUGUGAAUUCCAUGAGAGUUUCAAUCACCUAUGUGCAAGAGCAGCUAGUUCAGGAUGGGUACAAAGAGCAGAUAGCAUUUAAUUAAGGAAAAAACAACCAUGACGGGGAAAAGCUAUUGGCUGUGGUUAGUGAUUGCAGUGCAAGGGAGGAAGAAUAAAAAGAGAAAUCAAGACAAGGAAUUAGGCUUUUGAAGGAAUUUUUGAAGCAGCAAAUGCCUUUUUAAGCUUGUACCUGAAUCCAAAAGGACUGUUCAUGUCCCAGAUUAUUUUAACCUGUGUGGGCUAAAUGGAGGAGCACAGUAUUGUUCAUUUUAUGCCUUCCCAGGUUUUUUUUUUUUGGAGUCUGGUGACCUGUGGUGAAUGUCCUUCAAUGACCAAAACUGUGAAAUUUCUCAAAAUUUAUCUUGUGAAAUCUCAUAUGUUAAGAAUGCCAGUAAUUAAGCUGGUAUAAACAGAGCUGCACAGCUCAGCAGCAUGGUGGGGUUCUUUUAUGAAAUGCAUACCCUCUGAACAGAGAGUAAGAGCUUCAGACCCAAAAGUGAGAGUAAACAUUUGUAGGCUCUGCCUGUGCAGCCCUGCUACUGCCAGGCUUUUGCAUCAGGCAGGCAGGAUAGAAUUUCAUAAACAUUGUUAAAUAAUGCCAAAGCCUUAUGCAAACUGAAUUACCCUUUCUGUGCAUACAAAGAUGCCUGUGUUUUUUCUGCAUUUUCUACAGUUUUGAAAUAAAAAAAAAAAGUUGUGAUUUA